CGUCAUGGAAUGGCUAAGAGGCAACGUCCUUCUGGGAGUUGUAGUUUUCAUUGGGCGUCGAGCCGUUAGAGCCAUGCUGCUGAGAACUACGUUUCCCAAAUCUUUCUGCGAGGAUUGAGGCAGGCUGUUGCAAGGCUUCUUCUCUUUAGUUGGUAGAUCUGGUCUACUUGCAUUCAGGUGGGAAAAAUGAACAAAGAUGCACAAAUGAGGGCAACUAUUAAUCAAAAGUUAAUUGAAACAGGAGAACGAGAACGCCUUAAAGAAUUAUUGAGAGCCAAAUUAAUUGAAUGUGGUUGGAAAGAUCAGCUAAAGGCACACUGUAAAGAUGUCAUCAAAGAGAAAGGGCUAGAACAUGUUACUGUUGAUGAUUUGGUGGCUGAAAUUACUCCAAAAGGCAGAGCGUUGGUCCCUGAUAGUGUAAAGAAAGAACUUCUACAAAGAAUAAGAACAUUUCUGGCUCAACAUGCCAGUCUUUGAUCCUUGCUUUUGAAUCUUACCAUGCUUUAACAUGCUGUGUUCAGUGAAUCACAUGAAAAACUGGAUGAACAUUUUUCAUGCUUCAGGAUUAAAGUUCAUUAUUUUUUAAAAAAAUAUUUCAUUUACUUACUCCAAGUCUACUUCCAUAUACUGAUUAUUAUUAAUGUUUUAAUAAAAGAAAAAUGCCAACAACCUGUGCUUAAAUGUUAAAAUCAAAAAUGUUUUGCCAUUAAAACAGUGUUGCGUGUCUUAA